GAUAUUUGUAUAUAUGUAGUUAGUAGCCAAACCAUUUUUCGGCUUACUCGCAUUCGCAUUAAUACAUUCACGAAGGUGUAUAGUGUAUCUGUAAUUGCAAAUUGCUCUUACAUUUUACGAUAUUAAUAUAUAAGAAUAACUUGAUUUAUUCGCAUUUUAACAAUGUUUGCAGCAAGACGUAUCCUAUUUUCCAAUACAGUCAAAGAUACAUUUACAAGAACAAAACAUACACUUCCUGAUUUACCAUAUGACUACAAAGCUUUGGAACCUAUUAUUUCCGCCGAAAUUAUGCAACUUCACCAUUCAAAGCACCAUGCAACUUAUGUGAAUAAUUUAAAUGUUGCUGAAGAAAAAAUGAAAGAAGCUGUCGCCAAAGGUGAUGUCAAUACACAAGUUGCAUUAAGUCCUGCUAUUAAAUUCAAUGGUGGUGGUCAUUUGAAUCAUUCAAUUUUUUGGUGCAAUCUUUCCCCAAAUGGCGGUAAACCAGACGCUGCACUUCUUAAUCAGAUUAAAAAAGAUUUUGGUAGCAUAGAAGAAAUGAAAAAACGGUUAUCUGAAAAUACCAUUGCGAUUCAAGGUUCUGGUUGGGGUUGGCUUGGAUAUUGUCAAAAAUCAAAAUCUUUAAGGAUAGCUACUUGUGCUAAUCAAGAUCCUUUGCAAGCUACAACUGGUUUAAUACCACUUUUUGGUAUUGAUGUUUGGGAACAUGCAUAUUAUCUACAAUAUAAAAAUGUUCGACCCGAUUACGUAAAAGCUAUCUUUGAUGUUGUGAAUUGGAAUGAUGUGAAUUCUCGUUAUAAGAAAGCUAUUGGAUCUUAGAGAAUGAAUAUUAUAGCAUCAAAAGUGAUUUUAUCUAGUAUGUGAAUGUUUUUGAAAAAUUAAUUCCAUAUUUUCUAUGUUUGCAUUUGUCUUAAAAAGACAUGUGUGAUUUUGUACACGUAUUGUUUAUAUUGUACACAUAUGUAAUUAUAAAUAGUAAUAAAAUAUAUUAAAAUAUUAUUUUUUAUUGUUGUUUUAAAAUAGAAUAAAAAAUAAUUAAAUUUUUUUUAACAACUUAAGAAAUACUUCAAUAAAUGGAAAACAAAAAAGAUAUUAUUAAUAUAUUUUAAUAUAAUUAUUUCAAAAAAUUAUUUUUAUAUAUAAAAAAUAAUAUUUUAAUAAUUUAUUAAUUUUUCAAUUAAUAAAAACCAAUAAUAAUAUUAAAUUGAAAAAUUUUCGCGCUCAAAUCGAAAUGUGUUAUUUAAAUUAUCAUAUAUCGAUAACUAUCGUAUUGUGACGAGAUUCAUUUUUAUUUGACAUAAUAUCAAUAAACGAUACGUAUUGAAAAUCAU